UCCUAUUAGUAGCAUUAGCGAUUGAUAAUCUGGAUAUGUUAUCCUCUACGCGCUACUGCACACUCUUCGGGUGGAACCCAAACAACCAAGCAACAAACCCUCGCCUCUGGGAACUCUCGCACUAGAAAGCCUACCACUUCCACUUUUUCUUUACUUCAGACAGGUUAGUUAAUGUCUGCACUGUAAAGAAAAAAUAAUCAAACUUUAAAUAAGCCGGAGGCCUGGAGGUGAGAUGAAUUCCUUGACAGUGAAACUCUCUUCCUUUGUAUUGCAAUCUUCGACGAUCCUCUCAUCGUGUAAGCCUAGAAAAUGUCUUCCUUCAGUUCGUUUCCCAAGAAAAAUUAAAAGCAAGAGAAGAUUGGGUUUGAGAAUUGAAGCUUACGAUUCUUCAAAAAGCAAUGAUUCUUCUAAGUCCAACGGUGAUUCCAGGCCUCUUAAUGGCACCCUGAAGAAUCAACAGCCUAAAACCAGGAGAGAUAUUCUGUUGGAGUAUGUGAAAAAUGUGCAGCCCGAGUUCAUGGAGUUGUUCGUGAAACGGGCACCGCAACAGGUUGUUGAGGCAAUGCGACAAACGGUUACAAAUAUGAUUGGAACACUGCCCCCGCAAUUUUUUGCGGUGACAGUCACCACAGUUGCUGAAAAUCUUGCACAACUCAUGUACAGUGUUAUGAUGACUGGAUAUAUGUUUAGGAAUGCACAAUACCGAUUGGAAUUGCAACAAAGUUUAGAGCAGGCUGCUCUUCCUGAGGUACAGGAAGAAAAGGAUGUUCCAGAUUAUGCACCUGGUACACAAAAGAAUGUAUCUGGUGAAGUUAUUAGGUGGAAUAAUGUUUCUGGCCCGGAGAAAAUAGAUGCUACAAAGUACAUUGAGUUACUUGAAGCAGAGAUUGAGGAACUAAAUCGUCAAGUUGGUAGAAAAUCUGCAAAUGGACAAAAUGAGCUAUUAGAAUAUCUCAAGUCUCUUGAGCCACAAAAUCUGAAGGAGUUGACAAGUAGUGCUGGAGAGGAUGUGGUGUUUGCAAUGAACACAUUCAUUAAGCGUCUUUUAGCUGUUUCGGAUGCUGAACAAAUGAAGGCAAGUGUAACCGAGACUAGUGCACCAGAACUUGCCAAGCUAAUUUAUUGGCUGAUGGUGGUUGGAUACAGCAUUAGGAACAUUGAAGUCCGUUUUGACAUGGAUAGAGUACUUGGCACUCCUCCAAAGCUUGCCGGGUUGCCUCCAGGAGAAAACAUUUAGUUGCUGAUGGAUGAUUUCAAUUAAAAGCAAUGGCGAAGUUUGAACACAUUAAUAUGCUCUAUUAAGUUGACAAGCAGAGGGUUAAUCCAGGGUGAUUAAGCGCUGGCAUGCCAUGAAUGGUUGGCUUCUUAUAAUAGCCUAAAUCUAUUGAUGAAACAGGCCUUUUCAAAAGGAAUUCCAACUUUUAAAUACAGCUAAGUUGAGGUUUUCGUCAAACACUGAUGCAAAUGGUUCUUCCAACGGUUUUAAUGCCGAUCUGUUACAAUAAGUUAAAAUAUCAAAUUCCUUACUGAUUACUGUCUGGU